ACAACAUAUAUUUUCUCUGCACGUCAGUCCCUUAAACGCUUACACGUUUCGUUGAUUAUUAUGUUGGAAUCUGAUCUUGAACAACACGUAACGUACAUGUAAAGCUGAUCUUAAACAACACGUAACGUACAUGUUGGUACAGUUGAUUCUUAAAUGAUAAUACAUACAAAAAGGUUUUAAAUUAAUGUUUAGAAACAGGUUGGGUUUUUUUUGUCUUUUAAAAAAUGUGUGAAUGAAAUCUUUAUCGCAGUGUGGUGUAUUUCGAUGUUGGUGAAAAUCAAUGGCGCUAUCCAAAGAUGAGCCUGAUAAACCAAACUGGAUUAAUUUCUUCGAUGGGGAGCUGUUCAAAAGGUACCAGGAUUUUGUCGCAACACGAGAUUUUUCAAAGGUAUUGGUGACCCUCCGAGAAGGAAUUACAUAUAAAGAAAAGCCAAAAUGGCCUCUUCAAGAAAUAACUUUAGCACAAAGUGUUCAGACGAUGGACAGUUCGAACUAUGAAAUGGGAGAUAACUCUGAAAUAAUAUCGCAAAAGUACGCAACAUUGCCAGUCGAUUUUGCCACAGAGGAAUGGAGAAGACAACGAAGAAAACGUACAAGGACAUACAUUCUUCUGGGAAUCUUAAUUCUGUGUUUGCUGGCAUUAUUGGUUGCUCUCUUGGUGCAUUUUCAUGUGACAAAGAGUUUAUUUGGGUCAGGCCCUUCAGUGACCAAUCCUGGAAAUCAAGCUACGCCUCAGCCGAGAAUACCAGGUGGCCCUUCAAGUACCAGUCAAUCUACAGUGGAAGUCACGCCAUCUACAACCCGCACCACAGCGCCACCUACAAUCCAGUAUACAGUGCCACCUACGCUUGAGUCUCUGCCAUUAGCUCCUGCACCACCCAUGCCCCUUUCGGUUGCCUCCCCUGCGCCACUACAAGCGCUGUUUACUGAAAAUGGCCGCCAUCUUUGAUCAUGACCGGAUGUGUACGUCACGUCACGUGAGCCAGGGUUACUGAACACGUGGUUAUUCGCUAGCCAGUCACAUCAUCAAUAUGUGUCAUUAUUGUGUAAAUAUAAUCCAUUACCGACGCUGACAGCUUCUAUAAUUUGACGAUGCCUGUUGUGAAAAAGAAGAAAGCAACGCGAUUUGUUUAUUGUACCAUAACAUUUGUAAAUAAAAUUUAUAUAAUUUAA